AUGAACCGAUAUCGUUCACCCUCUCCACCACCGUAUUCUGAAGUGGAGAACGGAUUUCAAUCCUCACCUCAAAAACACCUUCAACAACAGUAUCAGAAACAACGAGAUUACUAUUUUUCAGACUUGAAUUCAAGCUCGGAUCAAAUUCGGGAUGAUGAGGAAUUGGGGAAAUUAGAUAUUUCUUCAAUCGCUGAUGACUCGUAUUUGAAUUAUUCCUCAAGCUUUGAAGAGUAUUCAGCCGGAAGCAGAACUCCUAUUCAACGAUCCGAUUCUCUUCCGUCUCUUUCACCAUCUAAAAAUUCUUCAAGAAUGUUUCAAAAAGCGUAUCAUAAUCGAGAAGCCUCUGAAGAUUCCGAACAUUCAUGCCAGAUAUGUGGAACGAUAUUCACUAAUUAUUCUUACUUUUUAGAACAUAUGUAUGGCGGAGGAAAAUGUAGUGAACUAUUUGAGCAAGUUCAACAAACCUCCAAACAUGAUUCAUUAUUUACAUCACACUACAGAAACAGUGAUGAUAUUACACACCGAGUGAAAAUCGAACAUUUAGCGUUUGUCAGCAGUUUAAAAGAUCAAUUCUCUUUUCAUGGAAAAAACGCUUGUACAUCUGUAGCUUGUGAAUUUGCUGUACAAAUGUUACAUGGUGUUGUAGACACUGAAAAUCCACGAGCAUGGAAUGCAUCUGCAAUAGAUAGAAUUGUUGAGAGUGGAUGUCAACAAGAUCCAAAACUUGGCAAUUUAUCAUUUGAAGAGGUCUACAGUAUGAACGAUAGAGUUAACUCAAACCUUGAGCUUGUACACGAGGUUCAAAAUUCAGUUAAGGGAUCGUCAUUUAAAUCCACACUUGAAACAAUAGAGAAUUGCUCACAACACCUCCAAAAACCAGUUUGUGCAAUUUUCACAAAACAACCAGAAACUGUUGUUUUGUUUUUUAAUACGAACACAGGAAUUUUCAUUUUGGCUGAUUCUCAUCCUCGAGAAACAGACGGAACAACUCACGGAGCAAGCUUGUGUUUCACUAAAAGUCUGAGAUCAAUGGCCACAGUGCUCAAGCAUUGGUUGUUUCCUUUCAUGAAUUUUGACGAAUCAGCGAAAGGUCUUAGUGAAAUGUACAAUUCUUUUUCAUGCUCCAUAGUGAAACUGAGGCCCUGUACCACUUACUCACCAACCUAUUCCAUGACAUCAAAAAAAACAACUUCCAAUGUAAGCACACCCCUUUCGAAGCAGUCACCUUCGAGAACGCUCCAACGUAAUACUAACCACCUUUCCUCACCACUUCAAAAAGAGAACCAGUCUCGAGAUCUUGCAGGAGACAUGUCAGCCUUGAAAUCAGAAAAUGACAAACUACUCAAACAAAUUCAACUUCAAGAAGAGAAGAUACAAAUGUUGCAAGACAAGCUUAAUCAAGUCUCUGAACAAGAAGAGCGUUUAAAAACAAACAAUAAGCAGUAUGAGCAACUUUCCAUUGCACUGAAGGGCAUUGAAGAAAUCAUAGAGAAUGUUUCUCCAAUCAUUCAAAGCUUGAACAGCAAGUCCCCGAGUGUUCUGUAG